CAGUGUUGCGAAACCUUGUUAUUUAGAAAGACAGUGAACCAGGCGGCAAAGAAGUCAGUUUACUUCGACACAGCAAUCUGCACACGAGGAGCUACCUAAAAUGGCUGAAGCACUUUCAAAAACCUCUGCUGCUGCUGCUGUCGCCUCGGAGAUGGAGGCUGAGUUAAACUGCUCCGUCUGCCUGAGUAUCUACAGGGACCCAGUGGCUCUGCACUGCGGGCACAACUUCUGCUGGGAGUGCCUGGACAAGGUGUGGGAGAGCCAGGCGACUGGGAAGAGCUACUCCUGUCCAGACUGCCGGGCCGAGUACAACCAGAGACCGGAGCUACAGAGGAACCUGAAACUCUCCAACAUCGUGGAGCGCUUUCAAGCCAGCAGGCAGAGUGUAGUGGCUGGUGAUGUUGUGUGUGAUUUGUGUCUUGACAGCCCUUUGCCAGCAGUUAAAACCUGCCAGAACUGCGAGGCGUCUCUGUGUGAGCGACACCUCAAGAAGCACGCUGAGAAGCCAGCGCAGAGAGAUCACAUCUUGGUGGAGCCGACAGUGUCGCUGGAGAGCAGGAAAUGCCAGGAGCACAGCAAGAUGAUUGAGUAUUACUGUAGCGAGGACGAGUCGUGCGUCUGUGUGACUUGCUACGUGGCUGGAUCACACAGAAACCACAACAUCCGUCCUCUGAAGGAGGUCCAUGAAGAGAAGAGGAGCAUUCUGGGUAAAGAGAUUGAGCGGCUGCAACUGGAGAAGAAAAAACUGGAGGAUGCCAUAAAGACGAAAGAGCAAGACAAGGUGGAUUUGAAGAAGAACAGGGAUGACCUGAGGAAAGAUUUCUCUAGUCUAUUCCAAGAGAUCCGGUCCAAACUCCAGACUCAGGAAGAGAAGAUUCUGAAGCAUAUCCAGCUGGAAGAAGUCAAGGAACUUUCUGGAAUUUGUCAACAACUUCAAGAGCUGAGAGUGAAGAAAGAGUUGACAAGGAUGCUGGUCAAAGAGGCUGAAGAGGCGAAACUCCAGAAGGACCCCCUUGAGUUUCUGCAGGUCUUUCAAUCUGUCCAUGAAAGAGCCAAGCAAAACAACACAGAGGUACCCAUGCAUGCGGUACAGGAGAAGACGCUCCCCAAGUCCUCUUAUGGUACAGCUCUAGCAAAAAUGAAGACAACUAUUGAACAAGUGAAUGAGGAGCUAAUAGAAAAUGCAGUGGACAAUUCUGUCAUGUUCAACUUCAAAGAGUGUGACUUUGACUUGCCAUCUGUAGGUAAGCAUGACAGCUUCAGACCUUUUAUAAGUUUUGUUCAUGGAAGACAACCACAAUUUAAAAAGAAAAUAGUGGACAUAAUUCCAGAGGUUCACGCUGCAGUUCCUAAGAGCAAUGAAGGAGAGCACCCAGUACCAAAAUUCAAAAUACCAGAGGUUCACGCUCCUGUUCCGAAGAGCAAUGAAGGAGAGUUCACAAUGCUAAAAUUCAAAAUGCCAGAGUUUCACUCUGCAACUCCUAAGAGCAAUGAAGGAGAGCACCCAGUACCAAAAUUCAAAAUGCCAGAGGUUCACGCUGCUGUUCCUAAGAGCAAUGAAGGAGAGUUCACAAUGCUAAAAUUCAAAAUGCCAGAGUUUCACUCUGCAACUCCUAAGAGCAAUGAAGGAGAGCACCCAGUACCAAAAUUCAAAAUGCCAGAGUUUCACUCUGCAACUCCUAAGAGCAAUGAAGGAGAGCACCCAGUACCAAAAUUCAAAAUGCCAGAGGUUCACGCUCCUGUUCCUAAGAGCAAUGAAGGAGAGUUCACAAUGCUAAAAUUCAAAAUGCCAGAGUUUCACUCUGCAACUCCUAAGAGCAAUGAAGGAGAGCACCCAGUACCAAAAUUCAAAAUGCCAGAGGUUCACGCUGCUGUUCCUAAGAGCAAUGAAGGAGAGUUCACAAUGCUAAAAUUCAAAAUGCCAGAGUUUCACUCUGCAACUCCUAAGAGCAAUGAAGGAGAGCACCCAGUACCAAAAUUCAAAAUACCAGAGUUUCACUCUGCAACUCCUAAGAGCAAUGAAGGAGAGCACCCAGUACCAAAAUUCAAAAUACCAGAGUUUCACUCUGCAACUCCUAAGAGCAAUGAAGGAGAGCACCCAGUACCAAAAUUCAAAAUACCAGAGGUUCACGCUGCAGUUCCUAAGAGCAAUGAAGGAGAGCACCCAGUACCAAAAUUCAAAAUACCAGAGGUUCACGCUCCUGUUCCUAAGAGCAAUGAAGGAGAGAUCACAAUGCUAAAAUUCAAAAUGCCAGAGUUUCACUCUGCAACUCCUGAGAGCAAUGAAGGAGAGCACCCAGUACCAAAAUUCAAAAUGCCAAAGUUUCACUUUGCAACUCCUAAGAGCAAAAUGCCAGAGGUUCACGCUGCUGUUCCUGAGAGUAUUGAAUUCAGCAAACCCAGUCGAAAAUUAAAACCUAUAUUAAAAAUACCAAGACAUUUACAGAACUUGGACUAGGAGGGAGGCACUUAUAGGGAGGGCUGCGUGGUCCAGUGGUUAAAGAAAAGGACUUGUAACCAGGAGGUCCCUGGUUCAAAUCCCCCCUCAGCCACGGACUCUGUGUGACCCUGAGGACCCUUUCGGGUGAGACGUAGUUGUAAGUGACUCUGCAGCUGAUGCAUAGUUCACACACCCUAGUCUCUGUAAGCCGCCUUGGAUAAAGGCGUCUGCUAAAUAAACAAAUAAUAAUAAUAUUAAAUGCAAUGCAUUUUUUGAAAACAGGAUUAAAAGCAACCAAACCUGUUCCCCAUUGUGAAAAUAAUCAC